AUGGGCAGUGGAGGCAGCUCUGAGUCUAAAGAAUCAGCCAAGAGGUCACGGGAACUUGAAAAGAGACUUCAGGAAGAUGCAGUGAGAGAUGCCAGGACAAUCAAGUUGCUCUUAUUGGGAGCUGGAGAAUCAGGGAAGAGCACUAUUGUGAAACAAAUGAAAAUCAUCCAUAAAGAUGGCUACACAGACCAGGAAUGCAGAGAGUACAAAUCUGUGGUUUAUAGCAACACACUACAAUCAAUUCUGGCUAUUGUAAAGGCAAUGGCCACUCUGGGGAUUGAAUAUGGAAAUCCAGAAAGAAAAGAAGAUGAAAGGCAGCUCUUUGCUAUAGCAGGUUCCAUGGAGGAUGGCACCAUGCCACCUGAACUGGCUGAAAUAAUCAAACGACUGUGGAAGGACCCAGGAAUCCAGGCCUGUUUUGAAAGAGCAUCAGAGUACCAACUCAAUGAUUCAGCUGCAUAUUAUCUCAAUGAUCUGGACAGGCUGACUGCCCCUGGCUAUGUCCCAAAUGAGCAAGAUGUCCUUCGUUCACGUGUGAAGACAACUGGGAUUAUUGAGACUCAGUUUUCCUUCAAGGACUUGCACUUUCGGAUGUUUGAUGUUGGAGGACAACGAUCUGAGAGGAAGAAGUGGAUUCACUGCUUUGAAGGAGUUACUUGCAUCAUAUUUUGUGCAGCCCUUAGUGCCUAUGACAUGGUCCUGGUGGAAGAUGAAGAAGUGAACAGGAUGCAUGAAAGCCUCCACCUCUUCAACAGCAUCUGUAACCACAAGUACUUUAAUACCACCUCUAUUGUACUGUUUCUAAAUAAGAAAGAUCUGUUCCAAGAUAAGAUAACCAAAGUCCAUCUCAGUGUCUGCUUUCCAGAAUAUAAUGGGACAAACACCUUUGAAGAUGCAGGAAAUUACAUUAAGAGCCAGUUCUUAGACCUGAAUCUACGAAAAGAGGAUAAGGAGAUAUAUGCCCACAUGACAUGCGCUACAGACACCCAGAAUGUUAAGUUUGUCUUUGAUGCCGUGACAGACAUUAUAAUCAAAGAGAAUCUGAAGGACUGUGGACUCUUCUAGCUCUUUCCCCCCAUGGCCCUUUCACUCUAUUAUUUCUCUUUCCCACAUCUUUCUUUUUCCCAUGGUAUUUGUUCCAUGUGUAGGCUAUUUCCGGUUGGAGUCACUAUGAUAUGCAUAGUUUCUUGAAAGACAGUCUCACUGAACCCAAGAGUUCUUGAA